CAGUAAAAAAGACGGCCGGUGUUCGACGUGAACUGGUCCCAACCGAUACUUCGAGAUGUGGUCGGAAGCAACGUAAUUCAGUGCGAAAACGUCAAAAUACAGUUACCGAUUAUAUAAACUUUACGCUGUCGCUUUUGUUCUCUCUUGUUAAAAGCGCCUUGCAAUGGAUCGUAAAUCUUGUUACGGAUAUAUCGAUGCAGUUAUGGGAUAUCAGCAUAUAUAUAUCAUUUUGGGUAAAUAUCCGUGUUUUUAACGCAAAAAGGAUAUGGACAAGCGGUAAAGAGCCUACUGCAUGGGGCCUAGUUGAAAAUAUCCAGUUACCCGCCACAGGCGAAGAAGCAAUGGAACGAAUACUGAAAUGUCGUGGUCGUGAUGCAUACGUUAUCUUGGGAUUGAGAGCCGAUUGCACCGACGAUGAUAUUAAGCGGUAUUUUAAAAGGCAGGCAGUCUUAGUGCAUCCUGAUAAGGUUUCUUCUUUAAUUGAGUGUUUUUGA